AUGAUAUCCCUAGUGUUUGUUUUGGGAGUACUCCUCGCAGGAACAGAGGGUUGUGGACCUGGAAAACAGAUGUUAAGAUCUGGAGGACUUACUGCAUAUGAGAAGCAAGCUAUCGUAGAUGCACACAAUCGUCUAAGGCAGUCGGUAGCUUUGGGUCAAGUGUUAAGUCAGCCCCCAGCAGCCAAUAUGAUGGAAAUGGUAUGGGACGAUGAACUUGCGGCGACAGCACAGCGCUGGUCUGAUCAGUGUACGCCAGCACACGAUCGUGCAUCUCAACGAGAUGUUGGACGGUUUCCUGUGGGGCAAAAUUUGGCAGCCACUUGGACAACCCGCCCACCAUCUGACCAAUCAGACUCCGAGCCAGACUUCAUGAAGCAAAUUGACGCUUGGUUCGACGAAGUUAAAAUUUACGGUUUCAAACCCAUCAAUGGUGGUCAUGGAACCGGCCACUAUUCUCAGCUUGUAUGGGGUGAAACAUCACAUGUUGGUUGUGGCUACACAUUCUACUACGACCCUAGCCGAGGAUACACUAAGCUGUAUGUCUGUAACUACGGGCCCGGUGGAAAUGUGAUCGGAUCAAAUCCUUAUGAGAAGGGGAGCCCAUCUUGCAGCGCCCAUGGUCUCGCCGAUUCCAGGAAAUAUUCUGGUCUUUGCUCGACGAGCUAUACUGCCACUUCAAGUUACCAAAACGUGGACAACAAUAAUGGUUACAUCUCGAAUGUCAUUCCCGACAGCACAGCGGAAGCUCCAGGCUACAACUUCCAAUUUUUCAAACAAUUCAACAAUGAAUAUCAAUAUCAAUAUCAACCACCAAGAAACUACUACCAGGAAACUUCUACCUUCAGGCCUUUUAUCAGUAUUUUCAAGACUGCCUCAAAUUUGUUCACAAAACCGAAGUCUCAGGGCUUUCGGCUUGGCAAUGUCUUCUUGUAA